GCUCCAACUUCCUUCCUAGUUUCACUCUCAUUCUUCACUUUCUCUCCCUUCCUCCAUUGUUAUAGUUAGCUCUCCAUGCACUUCACAUUCCACUCGCACUCACACACCGACCUCAACAAUGGCGGAUUCUGGCAUCAGUUGGGAGGAACUCAAGAAGGAGAACGUCGAUCUCGAGACUGUUCCGGUUGACGAGGUAUUUGAAACCUUGAAAUGUACAAGACAGGGAUUGACAACUGAAGAAGGGAACAGGAGGCUUAAUGCAUUCGGCCCGAACAAGCUGGAAGAGAAGAAGGAGAGUAAAUUUCUCAAGUUCUUAGGGUUCAUGUGGAAUCCGCUCUCAUGGGUCAUGGAGGCUGCCGCAAUUAUGGCCAUUGUCUUGGCCAAUGGAGGGGGAAAGCCUCCAGAUUGGCAAGACUUUGUUGGAAUCACAACAUUGCUGAUAAUCAACUCGACCAUCAGUUUCAUAGAGGAAAACAACGCAGGCAACGCUGCAGCCGCUUUAAUGGCAGGUCUUGCACCAAAAACAAAGGUCAUAAGGGACGGAAAAUGGGACGAACAAGACGCAGCCAUUUUAGUACCCGGAGAUGUAAUCAGUGUUAAAUUGGGAGACAUUAUUCCAGCUGAUGCGCGCCUUCUAGAAGGUGAUCCGUUAAAGAUUGACCAAUCUGCAUUGACUGGUGAAUCAUUACCAGUGACCAAGCAUCCAGGUGCCAGUGUGUAUUCGGGCUCGACAUGUAAACAAGGUGAAAUUGAAGCGGUUGUUAUAGCUACUGGGGUCCACACGUUCUUCGGGAAGGCUGCUCAUUUAGUCGAUAGUACAAACCAAGUCGGCCAUUUCCAAAAGGUGUUGACCUCCAUUGGAAACUUCUGCAUAUGCUCCAUCGCGAUCGGGCUCAUAAUCGAAAUAGUGGUGAUGUACCCGAUUCAGAAACGAACGUAUAGAAACGGAAUUGACAAUUUACUGGUUCUUCUCAUUGGAGGAAUCCCGAUUGCCAUGCCAACUGUUUUGUCAGUCACCAUGGCCAUCGGGUCCCACAAGUUGUCGGAACAAGGUGCAAUCACCAAGAGAAUGACAGCCAUUGAAGAAAUGGCUGGGAUGGAUGUUUUGUGUAGUGACAAAACUGGCACUCUCACCCUCAACAAACUCACAGUUGACAAAACUCUCAUUGAGGUUUUUGUAAAGGAUGCUGAUAAGGAUCAAGUGGUUCUAUUGGGAGCAAGGGCUUCAAGAGUGGAAAAUCAAGAUGCAAUAGAUGCUUGUAUUGUAGGCAUGCUUUCAGAUCCAAAAGAGGCACGAGCAGGGAUCACUGAGGUGCAUUUUCUCCCCUUUAACCCAGUGGACAAAAGAACAGCUAUAACAUACAUAGAUCAAAAUGGAAAUUGGCAUAGAGUGAGCAAAGGUGCACCCGAGCAGAUUGUGGAGCUAUGCGACCAAAAGGAGGAGGAUAAGAAGAAAGUGUUUUCCAUAAUCGAUAAGUUUGCCGAACGUGGUCUUCGUUCUCUAGCUGUUUGCCAACAAGCGGUACCGGAGAAAACAAAGGAGAGCGCGGGAGGCCCAUGGGUGUUUGUGGGUUUACUGCCACUGUUUGACCCACCAAGGCAUGACAGUGCUGAAACCAUUCGACGGGCUCUACACCUUGGAGUCAAUGUGAAAAUGAUCACGGGUGAUCAGUUAGCCAUUGGCAAGGAAACGGGCCGAAGGCUUGGAAUGGGAACAAACAUGUAUCCUUCUUCUUCACUUCUGGGCCAAAAUAAAGAUCCAUCAAUUGCAGAUAUACCAAUUGAGGAGCUUAUUGAGAAAGCUGAUGGUUUUGCUGGAGUCUUCCCUGAACACAAAUAUGAAAUUGUGAAGAAACUACAAGAGAGAAAGCAUAUAUGUGGAAUGACAGGAGACGGUGUGAACGAUGCACCCGCAUUAAAACGGGCCGACAUUGGUAUCGCAGUGGCUGAUGCAACGGAUGCAGCCCGUGGUGCAUCCGAUAUCGUGUUGACCGAGCCUGGACUCAGUGUAAUCGUCAGUGCGGUUUUGACCAGUCGCGCCAUCUUUCAAAGGAUGAAAAACUACACAAUUUAUGCCGUCUCUAUCACCAUCCGUAUUGUGCUCGGGUUCAUGUUAAUUGCACUUAUAUGGAAGUUUGACUUCUCGCCUUUUAUGGUUUUGAUUAUCGCGAUCCUUAAUGAUGGAACCAUUAUGACUAUAUCAAAGGAUAAAGUCAAACCUUCACCUCUGCCGGAUUCAUGGAAGUUGAACGAAAUCUUUGCCACUGGGAUUGUUCUUGGCACUUAUUUAGCUGUUAUGACUGUAGUUUUCUUCUGGCUAGCAAAGGAAUCUGACUUCUUUACGGAGAAAUUUGGUGUGAAGCCGAUUAAAGACAAUGAAUACGAGCUUAUGUCAGCUCUUUACCUACAAGUCAGCAUCAUAAGUCAGGCACUCAUUUUUGUUACAAGAUCAAGAAGCUGGUCUUUCGUUGAACGCCCCGGUCUUUUACUGCUCACCGCCUUUUUUAUAGCACAGCUGAUCGCUACAUUAAUCGCUGUCUACGCAAACUGGGACUUCGCAAGAGUCCAUGGAAUCGGCUGGGGUUGGGCCGGUGUGAUUUGGCUCUAUAGCAUACUCUUCUAUUUCCCAUUAGACGUCUUCAAAUUCAUCAUCCGGUUCGCCUUGAGUGGCAAGGCAUGGGACAACAUGCUCCAAAAUAAGACUGCUUUCACCACUAAAAAGGACUAUGGACGGGGCGAGAGGGAAGCCCAAUGGGCCUCGGCCCAACGCACCUUGCAUGGCCUCCAAGCACCGAAUGCAAACGACAUUUUCAGCGAUAAGAGCGACUACAGAGAGUUGUCGGAACUUGCAGAACAAGCAAGGAGGCGGGCGGAGGUUGCUAGGUUGAGGGAGCUUCAUACCCUCAAAGGGCAUGUCGAGUCGGUGGUGAAGCUCAAGGGUCUGGAUAUUGAAACCAUCCAACAACACUACACGGUUUAAGUCAUCGCGGGCACAUUUUUGGAGAAGAACAUAAAUAAGAAUUAGGAAAGCGUGAUUUCGAUAAGGUCUGUUUUUCACGAAGGAUCGUCGUCGGCGUCAUCAUCAUCAUAACGGAGAUGCGGGAAUAAGCCUACAAACGAGAUCGGGCUAUACCUGAUCAGUAGUUAGGCAAAUUCAAUGUGUUAUCUCUACUUAGAUCUCAUAUUCUUUGUUCAAUUCUAACGUUGUAUUUGAUUUAUUUAAUCUUAAUUCUAUUUAAUGCUUCAAA